CCCCCCUGCCUAUGACCUACCUGGCCCACACGGCCCACGCCCAGUUCGCUGCCCUCUGCCUGGCCCUGAUUGGCUGGACGCUGACGGCCAUGGCGCCGGGCCUCGUCCAGUGGAGGGUGUGGGAGGUUCCCGGCAGUGAGGCGGUCACCUCCGGCGUGGCCUGGGUGGGCGUCUGGAGGGCCUGCUUUAACAGCCACGCUCACGUGAGCGAGGGGCUGAGAUCCAUGUUCUGCCGGUCCAUCCGGCUGACGGAGAGCUUCACUCCACCGGAGAUCGCAGCAGGUCAGGUCCUCAUGCUCCUGUCGCUGCUGGUGGGGCUCGCUGGGAACGCCGCCGGCGUUUACGCCAUGAGGAUGGCCUACUUUGGGAAGGCGAAGGCCUCCGCGGUCUGCCGGGGUUUCAUCGGCACCGGGGCGCUGGUCCUGCUGGCCGCUCUGCUGUCGUCCGUCCCUCUCAUCUGGAACCUGAACUCCGUCGUGGCGAACCGGACCAUCGACUUCCCCGAGGAGUUCAGGCUCCCCAAAGCGCCCAGAGCGCAGCGCGCUGGCUGCGGGAUCGCCGUGGGCUUGGUGGGCUCGGUCCUGAUGGCGGUGUCAGGGCUGGUGUUCUGCUCCUACAGGCCCGGGAGGGAUCCCCGUCUGAGGGCAGGAGACCGGGAGGAGGUGAGCUUCGAUGGGACCGACAACCCGGCUUUCCAGUCCCACGAACGCCUGUGAUGCGUCUCCACAAACGGAGAACUCGACAAGGGGAGCGGAGAGCAGUAAAAGGAUGCAUACAGGUUCCGCACUGCAAAAAUGGAUCUAAAAAUAAGUAAAAUGUUCUUAAAAGUAGUGUUUUGGUCCUUGA